AUGGGGUUAAUGGAAAACCGCCCGAGGGGGGAAAAAAAUAUAAAAAUAAAAAAACAAACAAGCAUCAAAAUUAAGAAGCAAAAUAACCAAUCAAACCGAAUGAAGAAAGACAAUAGCGAUGAACAGAAAAGGGAAAGCCCCCCAGGAAAGACGCACAUAGAAAAGUAUCACGCAAACCCAUUCACAAACUCGAAAGAAGAUUACUACAAUGAAAAAACUUUGAGAAUAAUUUGUUCCAUACUGUUGUGUAAAAAUAUAAAAAGGGUAGAUUGUGUAGUGUUAGAUUUAUUGUUUAAUUUUUUAUAA